AUGUCUUCGAGGAACCUCUCUAUACAAGAGAGGAGUCGUAUCGUCGCAUUACGUGAAGAUGGAAUGAAUAUAAGCGAAAUAUCCAGAGAGCUGGGAUUGACGCGACCUACUGUGGGCCUCUGGGUCAAUCGUUUUGAAGAAGAAGGACACGUGGACGCCCGAUCAAGACAACCCGAACAUUCCUAUUUAAUAUCGGCGGAGCAGUCUCAGCGAAUGGUUAAUGUUUACGCGACUGCGCCUUUUACUCCAACGCGAACAUUCGCUGAAGAGUUUGUACUAUACGGAGAACCCUCCAAAGAGCAGGAGCUCAUCACAGAAGACCAUAAAAAAAAAAUGAACGAACAAAACAAAAUUGAUAGAUUCCGAUUUGCACGAGAGUACCGAGACAUUAAUGUAUAACGAUAAUGGAACGAUAACGAAAGAAAAUUAUAACUAAUUAAUUACUAAUUGUGUUAAACAAAUGUUUCUAUGUUUGUGUUUUCAAAUUUUUUGUAUCAUGAAAUUGAUAUUUAUAUUAUUAGGAAAACAGCUAAAAUUAAAAUCCAUAAAGAUACAUAAAUAAGUUAAUAUUGAGGGGAAAUAUCAUUACUUUAAUUGUAAUUAUUGUAAGACAACUGUUGGUGACCUUUUUUGGAAUCUGUUCAUAUUUAUUUAGAAAGAUUUUUCUCUUGUUUAUUUA